AUGAACUUUUCAUCUGAAAUUAACAUUGCUGCUUACAGUCCUGUGCGUGAGUUUCAAAUUAUGGAUAUCGCUCUGUACAAGCAAGUUAUUGAGAGUCACACAGUUAAAUUUGGUGCCAAGUGGGUUAUUAGGAAGAUAACUAGAAAUAAUAUCACGGAUCAAGAGUUGGAUGGAACCAGAGCAACUUGCUAUUUUAGCAACUCUGAAGAAGUGGGUAUCACGAUGAAUGAUGUCAAAGAAGCCAUCUUUCAGCGAUUCCAAGAAGAAUAUAAUAUGAGAAGCGUACGUUUUGCUAUGCAUAGAGCAUUUCGCUCUCAAAAUGAAGCUGCGGUAAGCAUUCUCCACAGGAGUAACCUUGUUCACAGUGAAGAUGUGUACAACGUCUUCAGAAAGGUAUUUGAAAAGGCUUACAAGAGGCAUGACGAUCAGAAAGCCUCUGUCAAACUAUGGUUGAACCACUUGGAAUCAAAGAAUUACAAUCAUUCUGCCAGACUUUCUCCUGAAAAAAUUACGAUUGACACGUGUAACGUGGAAGAAAAUGCGAUUCGCAGUAUAUUUCCAUCUGUCAACAUUCAAUGGUGUCUUUUUCAUGCACUGAGAGCAAUAUCACAGCAAGUACGAACCAAACUUGUGCUUGAAAGCCUACCAGAUAACAAAAGAGCGCAUCAGGCAGUUAUCUCACAGCUGAAAGGGAUGAUGUGGGAGAACAGCAGAGCUGAAUAUACCGGAAAUCUCAACCAAUUCGUUCAAGAAACAGCUAUUUGGAUAACAACAGAUUCAUUAAGUGGAGAAGAGCCUAUUAACCAGGCAGAUAUACCAACAUGGAAACAAAUAACUACGUUGAAAGCUGGUGUAUAUUCUGACAAUGACAUUGAAGAAGACUUUCUGAGCAACAUAAAUCGUAUCAAAAUGAAUCUUGGAAGAAUGGAACCUGGAGAAAGGGAAGCAAGAAGAAGGGAGCUUGAAACUGAAGAGGUCAGCAUCCAUGUGGCAAUGGACAUGAUUUCUGAAGUGGAAAAAGCUAGCCUGCAUAAUGCUCAGUCGUUCAACAAUGAGGGCGAAUCUUAUGAAGUUCGUGUUGAAAAUGGUACGGUAAAGUUUUGUAGUUGCCCAGAAUUUCGAUACCAAAACAGGGCUUGCAAGUAUAUGUUACUUCUGGGACGUUGUACUGAAUAUGAUGUUUGGAGAGGCUCAACUUAUACUGAAGUAUCAAGCACUGAAGGGUUGCAGCUUGAACCUGAACAUGAACUGCAAAGAGAGCAAGAAGAUAUGGUGCAAAAGUUGAAGAUGCUGAAAGAAGUUGUAGAGAAUCUAAGGCCCGACGAAGUUACCAGUUCGUGGAAGCUUCAAGUUGAACAGCUUUCUAGAGAAGUUGUAUUAAGAAGUAACCAAGUGGAAGAGUUACCAUUAAGCAUUCAUUUAGAAAGACAAAGAUAAAUAGAAAAUAUUUUCUUAAUAUUUUGUAGCAUGAAUUUCUUCAUGCAAGUAGUGUUUCCCAUUUCUAAGCCAUGCACAGUACCCCCAAAAACAGUUAUCGUUUUUAAAUGUCUGUUUUUUGUUGCUAUCAAAAACUAAACAGUAAAAAAAGCGAUCCUUUUGUACCUUUGUUGCAG